AUGUCUUCCCGUCUCAUCAACCAGCAGCAGGCUGGGACCAGUCGUCAGCGCGCGCCCGACACUCCCGCCAACGAGGCCGAUCGCCGCAAGAUGCAAGACCUCGAGGUAGCUUUGGCUGAGGCCAAGCGUAAGCUGGAAGUCUUUUGCAUGGAGACAAACCAGACCUCCUCAGCCCUUGCUGUCGAGACCAAUCCUGGAGACAGUGCACAUGACCACCCCGUCCAACAACAUGAUCCCGAUAACUGCUGUCAGCAGUGUGGCAACUCCUACGAGCACCCCGCCACUGAAGGAGAACACCGACGAAAUAUCCCACCAGGCGUGUCCUGUGUCAUCACCCGCGUCCUAGACGCCGCUCCUCAACUCCACACACGUUACACAAACACCACCGCCGGCGACCACAACAACGAAGAGUGGUACGUCCCGAGCGCCGAGGGAGGGUUUAUGGGUGCUCAAAUCAGUGGCUCCAUUGACGUGCUGGCGGACCGUGUUCGAGAAGCCUGGAACUGCGAGAGAGUAUUUUUCCAAGUGUUUUCCGACCGCCCGGAUGACUUCAACCGUACGGACGCUGCGUCUGGCACUGCGCAGACCAACUAUACUCUCUCUGGCGGCGGCUCGUUUCAACAUGAGCGUACAACGCUCGAUGAAGUCCGCGACGUAGCUCAGUCCAUGAGCCUUAAGCUGGCUGUGAGCUGUCAACCGCAGGUCGUUGGUGCAAAAGGCGGCAUUCGGUUCUCCCCACAGCACCCUUCAGCUCCUCAUGUCUUGGAGCGCUUUAUCCGCGACAAUGCCAGUAUCAUCUCUCGAUACUGGGGAACAGGAGCGGACAUCAAUACCGACCAUGCCAUCAUUGAUGAACAUGCCAGAGCCUAUUGUCCUCCAGGUACUACAACCGCCUUAGAUGCACUCCGCAACUCUCUCAGUUGCGGUUCACGCCCCGACGAUGUCGCAUCUCUUCUGCAAGAGAGCUCGAACGCAACAGGAUGGACUCUGGAAGAAUAUUGUGUUGGCUACGUCAUGGCAAUCACUCUCAAGGAGCUUCUGACCCAUCAGAGACCUGAUCUCAUUGGCAAGGUCAGGUUGGUGAUCCAGGGUUUUGGAUGUGUUGGCACCACAUUUGCUCUCGCUGCCGAGGAACUAGGUAUUGGCAGAGUUGUUGGGAUCUCGAGCCAGUACGGCUUCCUGAUCAACGACGAUGGCAUCGAUUGUGGUGCCAUUGACACGGCCCGUCGCAUGGCUGUUAACAACGGCAGGCUUCAGGGCUAUGACGCCAGAAGCUUCGAAGCAGGACUCGGUCAAGUAGGACUGCACGUAACUCGAGAAGUUGGGUCAACCGAUGAGAAGCACCUCAUCAACUUUCUCGCCUGUGUGAGGGGUGAGAUUUUCGUUCCUUGCGCUCAGCGCUAUGUGUUGACAUCGAGAGUUAUCUCUACCUUGACUGAUGAAACUUUCGUCCAAGCUCCUCUUGGAACUCGAUUCAUCAUCGCCGGUGCCAACAACGUUUUCGAUCAUGGAGAAUGUAUCGAAGACGUCGCAAGGCGGCUCGACGCAGCAUCGAUUUGCAUGCUCCCAGAUUGGGUUACCAACUCAGGAACUGCAAAUCUCUUCAUGCGAGCCUGCAGUGGCCUCGCCUUGAAGGAGUAUGCUGUGUCCAAUCUGGAAGCAUCUGCUGCUGACACCAAAGCCUUUGUUCGUGUAGCUCUUUCCAAGGCCGGUUAUCACCAGGGAAACCUUGCUGUCUGGCAGGCGUGUAGAUAUCUCGCUGCUGCCCGCAGAAAGGACGGUCCUGUGAAUCUCCUUGGUGUCAAGAGAAUGGCCCGUCUCACGAUGAGGACUUCGGAUCUUGAACGGGCUACCAGGGCCAUCACGACACUAUACAAUGCCAAGUCGAACGCCGAUCGCACUCUCUUCCAACUCCCGGGGUCAGAUGAUCCAACAAUCAGCAUUGUCCAAGUUUCAGACGACGCCUCUCCAGCAGAUAUUGGCAUUUCGGUACAGUUCUCUGUGUAUAACUUACAAAAGGCCAGAGAGGUUCUCGAAGCCCAGUCAAUCGAUUUCCGAGAGCGAAUUCACAAUAAUGAAAUGACUGAACUUAUUCUUGAACGUGAACAAGCUGGAUAUCCCAUGAGUCUUUGUCAAGCACCACCUCAGGAACCUUCAAAGAAUGUCUUCACCUGUCCUUCCUAUGCAUUGGGCUGUGUAAUCGGCUCAACGAUCCAGAUAGACCAUUACGCCUCAAUUAUGUCCGACACUGCUCCCAAAAAGGUGUUUCACGAGGAAAUGCUGGGAUUUACGCACCUCCGUACGUUCACUGUCAAUGCUGGCUCUGCUCCUGAAGGACAAGAUGACGGGCUUAUGCACGUCAUGGGACUUCCACAAGACGAACAGCGAGUUCUCAUCCUUACUGAGGGCCUUACCCCUGCUUCUAUCUUUUCAAGACUGCUAAGGCAUGUCGACCCUAUCUUUACUGCUAUAAGGGAGCGAGGGUGGACUACUACUGCCAAUACACCAAGCAUAGAUUUGGCUACUGGAUUUCGGCAAUUCUUCUUGGCUGAAAGCGAAACUGGUACCGUGCUGGAGUUUGUUGAGCGUCGAGAUUCAGCCAAGGUCGGCGUAUCCGUCGAUAGCGAUUCUGAAAGGAUCCAGCAACUAAAGGGCAACGGGGGAUCUGUCAUUGUCUCCCAUUACCUUGGUGGUCCAUCGCCUUCCUGGCCUGAUCAAGUCUCCAUCGGUCCUCAAACUCUCUUCACACUCGCCUCCCUCACUAAGCUGCCCACCACUAUUGCCGCAUUACAACUGGUUGAGAAACAAUUGAUUACUCUCGACGCUGACGUUAGCGACUUGCUUCCUGAUCUAGGUCGGCAACAGGUUCUCGUGGGCUGGAGUGCAGAUGGAUCACCCAUUUUAAAGAAACGCCGCAACCCAAUUACCCUCCGACAACUGUUGACUCACUCUUCUGGCUGCGGCUACGAUCUUCACAACACCGAUUUGAAGAGGUUUCGCAAAUUUCAGGGAUCCAAAGUUAGAGACAAGUCUACUGUUAUUGGUUGGUUCGAUCACCCCCUUCUAUUCGAACCUGGCCAAGGUUGGGAGUACGGUAGUGGAGUAGAUUGGGCAGGAAGACUUGUUGAGCAAAUCAGUGGUUUGCCCUUGGAGGCUUAUCUAAAGGAUCACGUAUGGAAGCCUAUUGGCGCUUCAAGCUUCACGUUUUGGCCAGAUUCCCCAAGCAAUACACACCAAAUCGCUACAUCGACUCAUCGCAACAAGAGUAACGGGAAGCUCGAGGUUUCACUUAACAAGAUAGGCAUUAACCUCGGUGUUAAAGGAUUAUUUUAG